UAUGGCCGGUACGAUGGACGAAUUAUUGUGCGAGUUAAGCUAUGAUUUCAACUUUCUGUCGCACGAAAUUCGAAUGGCCAUGCGACGGCUUGACCUUCAGCAGCGUCGUACGGUAGAAGCGUGGCUCCAUAAGCUUUCCACCACUAAUCAAUCGUUGGAAGAAGUUCGCUUAAGGAACGACUUUCUAUUCUACCUAUCAAGGAACUGUGAAGAGGGCACCUUGUUGCCUCCAUUUGAUCAGAAGCCACCCCCGGGAUACGUACUAAAUGCAACGCAUUUAAUGCCCAGUUUGGGAACCGAAAUGGCCGCUUCCACCAGCUCUAAGCCCGUCUACGAAGCCUACACGGGGCCUUCAACUCCCUCCCAAUCCCAGAAAGCUGAACUUUUCAAACGAUCACCGGACGGAGGAGCAUUCCUGGUGUCACAGCCAGUACCACGGUGCGGGGCAUUCUGUUAUCUUGCCGUUGUUAGCAAACAACCGAAAAAGUAG